UGAUUUAUAGGUUAUGAUGUUCUAGUGUUGAUAUUUAUUUAUAAUUGCAAGGGGGAAAUGUUUCAUUCGUAUGGAAGUGGAUGUAUUAUUUAUUACUUUAUAACUAUUGCUUUGGUAAAUACCGCUACAACCUCUGUUGGGUUGACAGCAAAUGGAAAAAGAAGUGUUAUUACCUCUCCAAAUUAUCCACAACCAUAUGGAGAUUCUUAUUCUUUAGAAUGGAACAUCCUUGCCGACAGCAGUAUACAGAACGCCAUUGUCCAUAUCGAAGUUUUAGAUAGUGAAUUAUCAAACAUUUUUAACUGCUACGAGGAUAUUAUAGAAAUUAUAGAUGGUCCAUCAAGUCUGUAUUCUGUCAUCAGGUCGUUUUGCGGAGAUUCUUCACCGUCGGGUAUAGUUAAAACAUCAGGAGAUAGUGCCACAGUCACAUUUCAUGCCAGCAAAAAGGACAAUGAUUAUAAAGGAUUUAAAUUGGAAUACUGGGCCCAAUCAAAAGACAUGACACCCUUUAGACCAGUGAAUAUGACAUCUCUUCAUUGGACACUACUGGUCAUAAGUAUGGUCAUUUUUACUUCUUUUAUUGGAGGAUGUAUAUUCCUGGUCGUCGUAGAAAUGGAUUACCGGGAAAGAAACGAAAAAGAGAAAGGGAAGUGGGUCACUAUUUAUGAUAAUCCACCUGAUUACGUGCUACCUACAGUAGGAGGUGAAAUACCGAUCAAAACUGAAAAUGAAACCUCGACGAAAAAGAAAACUAUAAAGGAACAUCUCGAGAAAACCAAACCAAAGGCACAACCAGACUUAAAAUCUGAUGAUAAAAAACUACCACCUCUUAAGAUAAUACGACCAACAAUGAACAUAAAACAAUGGAAGACGUUACUAACUAGAGAAGAAAGCAACACAUAAAGCUCAGAGAUAACACGAUACAGUCUUCAAUAUUAUGACAUUGUUUAUGAAAAGAUGUCAUUUUAAGUAAUAUCACAAAAAGUGACAUUCAAAGACGACAAGAAAAUGUGUUGAAUCAUAGUCCGACGCUGCCAAUGUUUAUAAAAGAAUGCAACUUAUAGUUGUUAUAUUACUGCAAUAUUAGAAUCACGUUGAAUUAACAAUAAAUUUAAUUUUAUUUUCCAUAUUAAACAUACGAAUUUGCA